UAUACAACGUGUGGAGGUCCGGAUCGUACAAGAUCCAGUACAAGUUUCUUCGUCUUGUGCGGCGUUCAAACGCAGCACGUCAUUUCAUUUGGGUCUCAAAUCGCCUCUUUAAACUCUCUCUUUCCUCUGUAUUAUAAUCCCUCCAGUUCUCCUGCCUGCUUUCAACAAAGGAACUUGUAAUCAUGAGUGGGUUACAAACACAGGAUUUCCCUUCUGCUUUAAGAUUAACUAAAGCACAAAAAGACCAAGGAUCAACCGAGUCUGAAACAAAACCAAAGAAGAAGAUAUGCUGUGCCUGCCCUGACACUAAGAAGCUGAGGGAUGAAUGCAUUGUAGAGCAUGGUGAAUCCGCUUGCGAAAAGUGGAUUGAAGCCCAUCGAUUAUGUCUUCGCGCUGAGGGUUUCAAUGUUUGACUACUAAAACCCGUGGUGGUACCGGUUAGGAUGAGAGUGUUUAGGAUUUUCAUUACAUGAUGAAUAAAUGAAUACUGGUUGAUAACAUUUUUUGAAUUACUCAGGUCAAUACUCGUUUUCGUACGUCUUUCUUGUUGUUAUACGCUAAUGAUUGAACGUUAAUAAUAACAAAAGAAUUCUUGAUUUGUGAUCUA